AUGAUGUCUACUGAGUCGACGGUGUGUGGAUCUAUUCUAUGUGCACGGGAGGAGAGCAGGGUGCGUACGGCGAACGAGCAACUGAGAGUCUACGAGCAUACGGCGGUACGGGAGGUGUGGUGCCCCGGCCAGUUUAGGCCUUGGAUGUCGGACGCGGGAGAAGGGCCUAAGGGCUUGGUGGAGGGAAGAGAGUGUACAUAUUCGUACGCCCAAAAGGCUGCAUGCUCCUCUCUGCGUGAAGUAAAGGGAAGCAAGACGCGUCAAUCCCAUCCACUCGAAGCCGCGGAUUGCAUCAAAGGAUCAACCUUCGAAUUCGGUCUUACCGUUGACGACAAGAGACGUAGCUUUCAGCCGCGAUCAUCAAUUCCUCUUCCUCUUCCUCUCCCUCCUCGUCCUCUCUUCAAUCGACCUCUCGCCGCGUACAGCAGCAGCACCAUCUGGGACCCCAUGCUUGUAGACUAUGACCAUGAUAGCGCCAGGCACAGCAACGCCGUACAGGCCAUCCAGUGCAAGGCACCGAUCCUUGGACUUGGAUCUCGCUCGCUCGUUUUGGGUCGCAACGUCUGCUUGGACGCGAAACGCCUCCUCGCCUACGCCUAA